GGCGUAUACCGUAGACGGGACUUUAUUUUGCUAUUGGAUUGUAGGCAUAUAACUGCACAGUAUAACUGUAUGUUUGUUGGUCAACCCCCCUUAACAAGCUGCAUGUAGGUGAUUUGUAAAUCAUCGAAUCUGGACCAGAUAAUCCAGUGAUUGAGAUAGUGAUGGAAUGCUGCUGGGGACAAAUCUUUAUCUGGACUUCAUUCAAAAGGUCACAGAAGCGAACAUAUGAAGUUUUCAGGCCUGGGCAAGUUUGGUCUUCUCAACGACCCUGUUAGAAUGGUCAAGCAACGCCAUCGCCACAGAAACCGCACUGCCCUCUCCGUGAUCGCAGAACUAGGGUCGGAGAGCAACGCUCACGGCUUUGCAAAGAUCGUAACGUCAGACGACACGAAGCGCAAGGUGAUCUGGGCCCUGUUGGUGAUCAUGGGCUUCACAGCGGCAACACUCCAGCUGUCUCUGCUCGUCAGGAAGUACCUACAGUUCCAGGUGGUCGAGCUCUCCGAGAUCAAGGAGAGCAUGCCCGUAGAGUUCCCGUCCAUAUCUGUAUGUAACAUCGAACCGAUAUCAUGGCGCAAGAUGCGUAUUCUGUUUUCUUCAAACAGCACAGAACUCAUUUCUUGGAUUAAUUUUGUAAGCAGUGAAAAGUUACGUUUUGAUGAUCAGCAUGCAGCUCACUUAACGUCUAUCCGGGCCUUUUAUGAGAAUCUGGGUGAGGAAGCUAAGUUCAUGAGCCAUGACAUAAAUGAUUUCCUCAUCAACUGCAAAUUCAGUGAUGAAGUUUGUUCUGUGCACAAUUUUACAACUUUUUUUGACGGAAAUUAUUACAGUUGUUUUACCUUCAAUGGGGGAGAUGUAGCUGAGAAGCUUCUGAUGCAUGCAACUGGACCACAAAAGGGCCUGUCCUUGAUUAUCUCUCUUGACAAUGAUGAUCCUCCACUGGGAUCGUAUGGAUUGUACGACAUGAAUUCGAACAUCCUCCACAGUGCUGGAGUGAGAGUGGUGGUACAUGCACCAAACACGAUGCCAAGUCCAGUGAAUCACGGCUUUGAUGUUCCUCCUGGGUAUUCCUCCUCCAUCGGGUUGAAAGCUGUGCUGCAUACGCGGCUGUCCGAGCCCUAUGGAAACUGCACGAAUGAAGAUUUGUUGGGAACGCAGGUGUAUCGGAACACCUUCUUCUCGUGUCUGCAGCUUUGUCAACAGCGACUUAUCAUGAGUCAGUGUGGCUGCAUGUCGUCUGACCUCCCCGAAACCGAAGCUGAAAACGUUACCUUCUGCGGUGUGAUAGACAAUUGGAAGGAUCUCAUGCACAAGGCCAUGAAUUCGAACGAAACAAGGCAUGUAGACCUCCCUAAGCUCAAGUGUGAGCAACAAUUGAUUCAAAAGAUGUCCCAUGACAGAUCGUAUGAAAAAUCGUGUAAAUGUUUUCAGCCUUGUCAUGAGACAACGUUUCAAAAAUCUGUGUCGCUUUCGUACUGGCCGUUGGAGUUUUACCAGCUGAAUGCCUUGCAGUUGCUUUAUGGUGACAAAAUAAACCAAAACUUUAUGCAUGAGGCAUAUACAUAUCUCUCCAAUCUGGCUAACCUUACCAAGCUGAAGAGUGAUAGAAACGAUACCCGAACUGAGAACAUUAUCAAACAAAGUUAUUCGUUAUCAGAGAAAGAGAAAACGGAACGAGCAUCGAAUUUGAUUCGGCAGAAUUUACUGCGACUGAACAUUUACCUGGAGGAUUUAAGUGUGGUUGAGUGCCAGCUGCCAGCGUAUGGCCUGGCCGAUCUGUUUGCCGAUAUUGGCGGCACUCUGGGACUGUGGAUGGGGAUUUCAGUACUGACUAUCAUGGAACUCAUGGAGCUAAUUGCCAGAUUAAUUUUGCUGCUUUUUAAUUCCGAGAAGAAGAUGCCGGAACAUGAUCCAGUUUCCAAUGGGAUGCUGGACCACGACCACGAUUAUGAUUACGACAGACGCAACGAGUCUCCUGUUUGACCGAGUUAGGAUCCCAUGAUGGAUGACUUUACUAAAUGCUCAGGGCAAAAGACAAGGCAAUUCUUCCAAAGGAUUUGAAAAUUCUGAAAGUGGAUGUCGUCGAAGGAAAACUGAGUUGUACCAGGGUCCGUCUUAAGGAUUAUGGCCAUAUUGGACAAAUCAAGAAAUGUCAAGAUCAGUUGUCUCGAACAGCCUCUCUGUUAAAUUCUGGAAUGCAAUAUGUGCAUUUGGAUGAUUUUCACAAAUUCCCAUCUUCUACAAAGACAGGAAUCAAUGGGAGAGUUUAACUGGAUCUUGGUGUAAAGCAUAAUAAGACUGAUUAGACGUCCUGUGACGAACCGACAACAGGAGUGUGUUACGUAACCUGUGAUUGGAUUAACACUAGCAAGUGUGUGUAUCUUGUUAACGAUUCAUAGACGGAGUGUUCAGAAUAUUGGUGUGAAUGUGGAACACUUCAUGCCAAUUAUAUUACCGGCAGUGUAUGUGAGGAUUAUUUCCUGCCAAGAAUGGGUUUGUGGGACAAAGCCCCAUGCUUGGAACUGUGCUAUAUUUGUACAUAUAAACAAAGGUGUUUCUCCAUAGCAACAUGUGAUGUCAGUGGUUACGUUGGAGGAGAGAUCUAUAUAUAUAUUUUGUCAACUAUAUUAUCAUUUAUUAUGACGUCUCCUCUACAAAUGUUAUCAUUUAACUAAACGAGAUAAACAAAUAUAUAU